CCUCGACGUCGCGAAAUACAUCAAUUUUCCACGAUUACCGACACAAUGGCUGCCGCUCUCCCCAACAUUUCCUCGGACCUCAUCUGGGAGGUUGUCCGAAGCAACAACAGCUACCUCCACAAGACCGGUGCUGCCUCAAAUGGCGGUAUCCAGCUGUCUCGCGACCCCCUCAACCUGACCAACAAGCACAGCCGCAAGUACGCUGGCUUUGUCAACGACAAGGCUGUUGGUAUCUCCGCCGGUGAGAAGGGUGGUGUUGUCGUCGUCAGCAAGAAGGCUGCUGUCGCCAACCAGCCCGCCAAGAGCUCUGCCACUACCACCAUUGGUGGCGGCAAGUCUACCCGCAAGACCUACAAGGCCGUUGCCAGCCAGAUCGCCAAGUCCGGCUACCGCGCUGACCUCCGUGAGGCCGCCAUCGAGCGUGCCUCCGCCAUCCGCAAGUCCCAGCUGCCCGUCAAGGCCGACCCCGAGCCCAAGCUGAGGGGCAAGAAGGCCCAGAAGGCUGCCUCCGCCGGCGAGUCCUAAACGAAAGGACAAGACAUAAAAAUGAAAGGGUGAAGUGGAUAAUGGCGCUUUUGAAAAAAAGAACCAUGGGGAUGAGCAUGGGAGUUUGGCUGGGGCUGCAAGUAGGGGUCUGACGGGCUGUUAUAUCCUUUUUUAUACUGUACAUUGAACUGGCCUGGCUGCGGCUGGGGGCUGCGGUUGGAUUCCCGAAACGGUUCGAGCGAGACGAACAAACUGAUGUUGCGGUUGCCGAUGAGGGAGCUGCAAUAUGGAGUUCAUGGGAAGAUGAUGAUAAUUCCAAUGAAUUCUUACAACUACGUUGCGAUGAGUGAAGCAUG